CCGAGCCAAGUUUUCUACUGAAGUCCAGGAAGUUCAAACCGCUACGUCUGCAGAAAACGACACGAUGAGGAGGAACAUGCUAGUGGAUGGAUAGAAGACGGAAACAAAAGUGGCCGAUUAACCUUUGAGCCUUCUUCCUCUGUCCUCACGAGAAGUCACAAGACAAACUCUCGUAUAAUUUCCCGAAUGCCUGGACCUGGAGUCACGGUGAGAGGACGCUGUGUCUCUUGGUUUUUUUCGGGGGACUAUUCUGUUGUGAGCGCAUAAACCCACUGAGAGGACUGAGGGAAGGAGUCUUCACCCAGAUGAACUGAAGGAAAGCAGCUGGUGUGUCUUGUUAAAUCCUCCUGGUCAUUUUACAUUGUCAUUGAGAGACAACACAAUCAGAGAAAAGCCAGAGGGAAGACACACAAACACACACACACGCCAUGACCUCUGUCCAUUUCAGUCCAGGCUCAGAUUCAGGUGUAAAUGGAACUGUUUCAAAGAUGGAGGAUGCUACAGUGGAGAUUGAUGACGGGAAGGAAGAGAUCGCGGUCCCAGACACGAUGUACCAAAACAUCCGUACGAAGAUUACACCUUUCGUUAUGUCCUUUGGAUUUCGUAUAUUCGGAGUCAUCCUGAUCAUAGUGGACGUUGUGCUGGUGAUUGUGGAUUUGUCGCUGCCAACUAAGAGCAGAGAGGUGGGCGAUGUCCUCGAGGCCGUGUCCCUCACCAUCUCCUUCUUCUUCCUCGCUGACGUCCUCCUGCGGGUCUAUGUGGAAGGCUUCAAAGUGUACUUCAGCUCCAAGCUGAACAUCAUAGACGCCUUCGUUGUGGUCAUCACCCUGGUAGUCACCAUGAUCUACACCUUCACUGACCUGUCAGGAACCAAUCUCAUCCCCAGGGCGGUGACGUUUCUCCGUUUCCUGAGAAUAAUAAUCCUGGUGAGAGUUUUCCGACUGGCAGCUCAGAGGAAGGAGCUCGAGAAGGUCACCAGGAGGAUGGUUUCCGAGAACAAGCGGCGUUAUCAGAAGGAUGGAUUUGACCUUGAUCUUACCUACGUGACAGAUCGUGUCAUCGCCAUGUCUUUCCCCUCCUCUGGGAAACAGUCCUUCUACAGGAAUCCGAUUGGUGAGGUGGCCAGGUUCCUGGACGCUAAACAUGAAGACCACUAUAAAGUUUACAACCUGUGCAGUGAGAAAGGUUAUGACCCCCAGUUCUUCCACUACAAAGUUGAACGUGUGUUCAUCGACGACCACAACGUCCCCUCCCUGGAGGACAUGCUGAAAUACACAGCCAAUGUGAGGGAGUGGAUGUCGGCCGAUCCCAGAAACAUCAUUGCAAUUCACUGUAAAGGAGGGAAAGGACGCACAGGAACUCUGGUGUGCACCUGGCUCAUCGAUAGUGACCAGUUUGAGAAUGCACAAGACAGUCUGGAAUAUUUUGGUGAGAGGAGGACGGACAAGAGUCGCAGCACAAAGUUUCAGGGAGUGGAGACUCCAUCUCAGAGCCGGUACGUGGGAUACUACGAGAUCAUGAAAACGAGGUUCAACAGGCAGCUGCCUCCACCCAAACCCCUCCACAUCAAGAGCAUCCGCAUACACUCUAUAGCAGGCGUGGGUAAAGGGGAUGGCAGCGAUCUUAAGGUGAAGAUAAUUGUGAAGAAAGAGCUGGUGUUUCAGUGUGUGUGUGCCAAACAGGAGAACUGCAAAGUGUUUCCUGAUGUUGGCAAUAAUACAGCAGUCAUCAGUCUCCAGAACGGGCCUGAGGUCGAAGGAGACGUGAAGGUCAUGUUUGAAUCAAGUGCUGGUCUUCCAAAAGGAUACGAAGAUGUCCCGUUCUACUUCUGGUUCAAUACGUCCUUCAUAGAGAACAACAGAUUGUUUCUACCCAGGGAUGAACUGGACAACCCCCACAAACCCAAGACCUGGGACCUGUACAAGGAGGAUUUUGGUGUCUCCAUGUUCUUCUCUGAACCAUAAUAAUAAACUCUUAAGAAAAAUGAAGAAUUCAUAAUGGCUAGUUACAGGUGAACAGGAAACGCUAAUAAAUUAAAUACUGAAAUGUUUAAUAAGGGACAUAUGAGGAAGCACCGUGACAUUUCAUUUUAUUGUAUUCCAGUAAACGAGUUGAAAUGUGUGGUGACUCUUUUUAGGUAUUAUUAAAUUUAAAAAAAUGGAUUGCACUUGAAAUUAAAUUAUAAAGCUUAAUUCUUGUUACAAAAUAGUAAACUUGCUUUUGGAAAAUGUCCCCUUUGUUUUACAAAAUAAACUACCUCUGAAUUUGUAAUCACAGGGUUUCUGCAGGUCAAAUUUAAGAUUUAAUGUUAACAUUAAAAUACUAGAAUUGUUGAAAUUCUGAAAAUUCACUCCAUAGAUCAAAUUAUUUAAUCCAUAAUUGAAUCACUUGAUUUUAUUUAUAACAUUUGUGAGUGAUCUAAACAGCUUUGCUGUUAGGAUAAGCAUUUAAAAGCUUGAAAACGGAGUUUCUUAUUAUAUGAAAUUUAACCGAGACAGAGUAUACAUGUAUAUAUAUUGUCACAAACUGCAGGCAGAGACAGUAGGUAUCAUUGUCUCUAAAAGCAGAGGGCACUGAGAAACUCAGUGUUGAGUAUAAUGUAUUUUAAGACUCAAGUUGUUAGUUCCAUGUUGAACUUGUUUGUACUUUCAUGACAGCAUGCAUUCACAGACAUUACAAACUCACAACUAAUUUUAAAGUGGGAGAGAAUCAGCAUUAAAAGGAAUUUUAACAAUUUAAAAUUA